GAGGCCAGGUUCCCGCCCUUCCGUAGUUGGGGAAUGGGAAGCGCGGACCGGGUCCCUUCUCUUUCCGUCCAUCCCAAGACCCCUACCCGGACUUGCUCGAACCCCGCCGCUAGGUUCCGGGCAUAAAUCAGCCAGUGAUUCCCACUUUCCGCCCUGUAUCUUAUUCUUUCCCCCCUUGUUUUUGUGUACUGGCCCCAUGCCUCAUUUCUUGUCCCUCGCCCAGGGAGCGAGUCAAGGCCAUGUUCUACCACGCCUACGACAGCUACCUGGAGAAUGCCUUCCCCUUCGAUGAGCUUCGACCUCUCACCUGUGACGGGCACGACACCUGGGGCAGGCUGGAGUGCAAUGGUGUUAUCUUGGCUCACUGCAACCUCUGCUUCCCAGGUUCAAGCGAUUCUCCUGCCUCAGCCUCCCAAGUAGCUGGCAUUACAGGUGACCGCCACCAUACCCGGUUUUUCUCUGACUCUAAUUGAUGCACUGGACACCUUGCUGAUUUUGGGGAACGUCUCAGAAUUCCAAAGAGUGAUUGAAGUGCUCCAGGACAACGUGGACUUUGAUAUUGAUGUGAACGCUUCUGUGUUUGAAACCAACAUUCGAGUGGUAGGAGGACUCCUGUCUGCUCAUCUGCUCUCCAAGAAGGCUGGGGUAGAAGUAGAGGCUGGAUGGCCCUGUUCGGGACCUCUCCUGAGAAUGGCUGAAGAGGCAGCCCGAAAACUCCUCCCAGCCUUUCAGACCCCCACUGGCAUGCCAUAUGGAACGGUGAACUUCCUUCAUGGUGUGAACCCAGGAGAGACCCCUGUCACCUGUACGGCAGGGAUUGGAACCUUCAUUGUUGAAUUUGCCACCCUGAGCAGCCUCACUGGUGACCCCGUGUUCGAAGAUGUGGCCAGAGUGGCCCUGAUGCACCUCUGGGAGAGCCGGUCAGAUAUCGGGCUGGUCGGCAACCACAUUGAUGUGCUCACUGGCAAGUGGGUGGCCCAGGACGCGGGCAUCGGGGCUGGUGUGGACUCCUACUUUGAGUAUUUGGUGAAAGGAGCCAUCCUGCUUCAGGAUGAGAAGCUCAUGGCCAUGUUCCUAGAGUAUAACAAAGCCAUCCGGAACUACACCCGCUUCGAUGACUGGUACCUGUGGGUGCAGAUGUACAAGGGGACUGUGUCCAUGCCAGUCUUCCAGUCCCUGGAGGCCUACUGGCCUGGUCUUCAGAGCCUCAUUGGAGACAUUGACAAUGCCAUGAGGACCUUCCUCAACUACUACACCGUAUGGAAGCAGUUUGGGGGGCUCCCAGAAUUCUACAACAUUCCUCAGGGAUAUACAGUGGAGAAGCGAGAGGGCUACCCGCUUCGGCCAGAACUCAUUGAAAGCGCAAUGUACCUCUACCGUGCCACGGGGGAUCCCACCCUCCUAGAACUUGGAAGAGAUGCUGUGGAAUCCAUUGAAAAAAUCAGCAAGGUGGAGUGCGGAUUUGCAACAGGGAAGGUUAUUGGAGACCUUUCUGGUGAGGAAGCCUUUGAGCAGAGACUCGAAGGAAGGGAGGGAGCAAGCUGUGAGGAAAACGAGGCAGAGUGCUCCAGGCUGAAAGAAACCACAGAUGCAAAGAACCCGAGGCAGGAGUAUGUGCUAGCUCAGGACAGAAAGGCAGCAGCUGGAGCUCUUGGAGAGAUCAAAGAUCUGCGAGACCACAAGCUGGACAACCGCAUGGAGUCGUUCUUCCUGGCCGAGACCGUGAAAUACCUCUACCUUUUGUUUGACCCAACCAACUUCAUCCACAACAAUGGCUCUACCUUCGACGCGGUGAUCACCCCCUAUGGGGAGUGCAUCCUGGGGGCUGGGGGGUACAUCUUCAACACAGAAGCUCACCCCAUUGACCCUGCCGCCCUGCACUGCUGCCGGAGGCUGAAAGAAGAGCAGUGGGAGGUGGAGGACUUGAUGAGGGAAUUCUACUCUCUCAAACGGAACAGGUCAAAAUUUCAGAAGAAGACUGUGAGUUCGGGGCCAUGGGAACCCCCAGCAGGGCCAGGAACACUCUUCUCACCUGAAAACCAUGACCAGGCAAGGGAGAGGAAACCUGCCAAACAGAAGGUCCCGCUUCUCAGCUGCCCCAGUCAGCCCUUCACCUCCAAAUUGGCAUUACUGGGACAGGUUUUCCUAGACUCCUCGUAACCAUUGGAUAAUUUUUUUAUUUUUAUUUUUUUGAGACUAAAUAAUAAAUCUGCUUUUGGCUAUCA